CGUGGGAAAAGGGGUGAAGAUCGGUGAAGAUUAUUGUUCUUUUUAAGGAUGCCUUAGCUGCCUCCCGCCGCCUCUCCUUUGAGCCUUCCUUGUAGAGAUCGUGAGCCAGAGUCAGGGAUGUAAAGAGAGGGGAAAACACGCCAGGAGCUCCAGCCUGCCCGGGAGACCCUCCUCCCUGUGGAGGGGAGGGGGAUUUCCAGCGACAGAUCAUUGGCGAAGGGGAUCGUCGCAGGGAGAGGAGCCCCGGAGGGAGCGGGGAAUCCCUCAGCCCUUUGUGGUGCCCGAGCCCGUGCCGCCUGCUGAGCGGGGUCUGUGGGAGCUAGCUGUGUCAGAGGAAAUGCCCGCCCCGGAAGACUAUUGCUUCAGCUGACGCGAUUUAUUUAAAGACCCUGGCUCUGCAGCUUUGUCCACUUCAAGAUGGCAGAAAAGGUUCCCCCAGGCUUAAAUAGGAAGGCUUCCAGGUCGACGCUUUCUCUUCCUCCAGAACCUGUGGACAUUAUCAGGAGCAAAACAUGCUCGCGGAGAGUUAAAAUCAACGUUGGGGGCCUGAACCACGAAGUCUUGUGGAGAACGUUGGACAGGUUGCCCAGAACACGCCUGGGGAAACUCCGAGACUGCAACACACACGAGAGCCUCCUGGAGGUGUGCGACGACUACAAUCUGAACGAGAACGAGUACUUCUUUGAUCGUCACCCGGGAGCCUUCACUUCCAUUUUAAACUUCUACCGGACAGGGAAGCUCCACAUGAUGGAAGAAAUGUGUGCUCUCUCUUUUGGACAAGAGCUUGAUUAUUGGGGGAUUGAUGAGAUCUACUUAGAGUCCUGCUGUCAAGCCAGAUACCAUCAAAAGAAAGAACAAAUGAAUGAAGAACUGAGGCGAGAGGCAGAGACCAUGCGAGAGCGAGAGGGAGAAGAGUUUGAUAAUACCUGCUGCCCUGAAAAAAGGAAGAAACUAUGGGACUUGCUGGAGAAACCUAACUCAUCUGUGGCUGCAAAGAUCUUGGCCAUCGUGUCUAUCCUGUUCAUCGUACUCUCCACCAUUGCUCUGUCUCUCAACACUCUACCAGAGCUGCAGGAGGUGGAUGAAUUCGGAAAUCCCAAUGACAACCCCCAGUUAGCACACGUGGAGGCUGUGUGUAUUGCUUGGUUUACCAUGGAGUACCUUUUACGGUUCCUGUCCUCACCAAAUAAAUGGAAGUUCUUUAAGGGCCCUCUAAAUGUCAUUGACUUGCUGGCCAUCUUACCAUACUAUGUCACCAUUUUCCUCACGGAGUCCAACAAGAGCGUGCUGCAGUUCCAGAAUGUGCGGCGUGUGGUCCAGAUCUUCCGAAUCAUGCGCAUCCUCAGGAUCCUGAAACUCGCCAGACAUUCGACUGGACUUCAGUCUCUGGGUUUCACCCUCAGACGGAGUUACAAUGAAUUGGGCUUGUUGAUACUGUUUUUGGCCAUGGGGAUCAUGAUAUUUUCCAGCCUGGUAUUCUUUGCUGAAAAGGACGAAGAUGCUACCAAGGACGAAGAUGCUACCAAGUUCCCCAGCUUUCCUGCAUCGUUUUGGUGGGCCACCAUCACCAUGACUACGGUUGGCUACGGUGACAUCUACCCUAAAACGUUAUUAGGGAAAAUUGUGGGAGGCCUCUGCUGUAUUGCUGGGGUUCUGGUUAUUGCCCUUCCUAUCCCUAUCAUUGUGAACAACUUUUCUGAGUUCUACAAGGAGCAGAAACGCCAGGAGAAGGCAAUUAAGAGGAGAGAGGCUCUUGAGCGGGCCAAAAGGAACGGGAGCAUUGUUUCAAUGAACUUAAAAGAUGCCUUUGCUCGAAGUAUGGAACUGAUAGAUGUGGCCGUUGAGAAGACAGGAGAGCCAGCCAAUACUGGAAAUACAAAGGACUCAGCGGACGAUAAUCACCUAUCUCCGAGCCGAUGGAAGUGGGCCAGGAAGGCUCUGUCGGAAACCAGCUCCAACAAGUCUUACGAGACUAAGUACCAGGAGGUUAGCCAGAAGGACUCCCACGAGCAGCUGAACAACACUUCUUCCUCCAGCCCCCAGCAUCUGAGCGCCCAGAAACUGGAGAUGCUCUACAAUGAAAUCACCAAGACACAGACUCACUCUCACCCAAACCCGGACUGCCAGGACCAGCCCGAGAGGCCAUCCACCUAUGAAGAAGAGAUCGAAAUGGAAGAAGUGGUCUGCCCGCAGGAGCAGCUGGCCGUGGCGCAGACCGAGGUGAUCAUGGACAUGAAGAGCACCUCCAGCAUUGACAGCUUCACCAGCUGUGCCACCGACUUCACAGAGACGGAGAGAUCACCCCUACCGCCACCUUCCGCAUCUCACUUACAGAUGAAGUUCCCAACUGACCUCACAGGGACAGAAGAGCACCAAAGAGUCAGGGGCCCACCAUUUCUAACACUAGCCAGAGAAAAGGGGCCUGCUGCCAGGGACGCCCCACUGGAAUAUGCCCCAGUCGACAUAACUGUGAACCUGGACACGGCUGGUUCCCAGUGUGGGCCUCUCGGCCCUUCCCAGUCUGACAAUGCCACCGACAGCCCGAAGAGCUCCUUAAAAGGCAGCAACCCACUGAAGUCCAGAUCCCUCAAAGUGAACUUUAAGGAAAAUAGAGGCAGUGCACCACAAACCCCACCCAGCACAGCCAGGCCACUGCCAGUGACCUCAGCUGACUUUUCUGUCACAACCCCACAGCACAUAAGCACCAUCCUCUUAGAAGAAAACCCUCCCCAGGGAGACAGACCCUUGCCGGGUACAGAGGUUUCGCCAUCACAUUGUCAGGGACCUUCCAAAGGGCUGUCCCCUCGGUUUUCCAAGCAGAAACUAUUUCCUUUCUCUUCAAGAGAGAGGAGGAGCUUCACUGAAAUAGACACUGGCGAAGAUGAAGACUUCUUAGAGCUCCAAGGGACAAGGCAGGACAAGCCCGCAGACUCCAGCCCAAAUUGCUUUGCAGAUAAGCCUAGUGAUGGAAGAGACCCUUUAAGAGAAGAGGGCUGUGUGGGCUCUUCCUCUCCCCAGAACACAGGUCACAACUAUAGGCAAGACUUUUACCAUGCUGUGGGUGAAGUAAAAAAGGAUAAUCAAGAAGGCUGCAAGAUGGAAAACCACUUGUUUGCCCCAGAAAUUCAUUCCAACCCAGGAGAUACAGGUUAUUGUCCCACACGUGAAACCAGCAUGUGACUAGUUACAAAAGCAAUAAACACACACACACACACACACACACACACACACACACAAAUAACUUGUUUCUUAAAAACACAAUUAAUAAUGCCUGUGAACUAAACUAUGGGAAGCCCCCCAAAAAGUGCAUAAAAUGUUAUUUUUGCAUGGCAUGAACAGUUAGUUUAAGUACUGUUUAAAUAAAGAAUCAAGACUGCAUUUUGUAACAAACAAACAAAAACGACUGAAGAACAGUGAACAAAUAAAGAAAGCUCUGUUAGGAACCAAUACUCUGCAAUGUCUGACAUUUUUGAUCCUUUCAUUUCAAAUUGUAGUCAGAUUUUCAAGUUUUAACUUUUAUGUUAUAAUGAGUUUUAGCAUUUGCACAUGAAAGGAUGAAAUGUCAUUGCAUGCAUUCAUAAUUACGAAGAGUCCGGUGCUUUGAGCUUGCAAAAUGCAUAAUGUUGUAAAUAAUGGGGCCUCCAUGCAAAAGUGUCAAGAACACGUGGAAACAAGUUUCUAAGACACAGGUAUUUCCUUCACAGCUACUGUCUGGAGGAGCUUACAGA